AUCUUAGAUUUAAAAAGAAUCUUUAGGAUAAAAAUAUCUAGUGAAACAGAUCAGAAUUGGAGAUUAUCUUCCCAAUUUCUUACUGCAGUAGGAAGUAAAUAACAUGCAAGCUUGUUAAAUGGACUAAACAUGUUAAAAUGUUGGAUAUUCAGAAUAUUUGUCACAGAAAAAAACCAACCCCACAUUAUUUGCCAUUUCCACGAGGUGUGGGACUCACUUUUGCAGCGGGAUCCAGCGCCAGUCCUUCAUGGCUGCGGGUGCUUGGGUGUUCCUGAGCUCCCUGAGGCGGGAUGCAGGAGCCUGCUGUCAGCUGCAGAGGUUUGGACGAGCAGAGCUUUGGGUGAGCUGAUGUCUCCUGCUCUGUCUGGUUGCUCCCUGCCCCAGGUCUGGUCCCUGGAGCAGCCGGACUGGCACUGUAAGAUCGACGAGGGCUCCGCGGGAUUGGUGGCUUCAUGCUGGAGUCCGGACGGGCGUCACAUCCUCAACACCACCGAGUUCCAUCUGCGAAUCACGGUGUGGUCCUUGUGCACCAAGUCUGUGUCUUACAUCAAGUACCCCAAAGCUUGCCAGCAAGGGAUGGCUUUUACCAAGGACGGGCGCUACAUGGCCGUGGCGGAGCGGCGCGACUGCAAGGAUUUCAUCAGCAUCUUCGUGUGCAACAACUGGCAGCUCCUCAGGCAUUUCGACACUGAAACCCAGGAUCUGUUUGGGAUUGAGUGGGCUCCCAAUGGCUGUGUGCUGGCAGCAUGGGACACGUGCCUGGAGUACAAGGUGCUGCUGUACUCCCUCGAUGGGCGGCUGCUCUCCUCCUACCGCGCCUACGAGUGGCCCCUGGGGGUCAAAUCAAUCGCCUGGAGUCCCAGCAGCCAGUUCCUGGCCAUUGGCAGCUUUGAUGAGAAGGUGCGUAUCCUGAACCAUGUGACGUGGAAGAAGAUCACAGAGCUUGACCAUCCAGCAACCAUUUCCAGCAAAAAGACUAUUGUGUAUAAAGAAGUGGAGAAAUCCCCAACUGUUGACACAGAGAGACUUACUUUCCCUCCAACAAGAGCAUUGGCUAGUUCUCUCUUCAGCACACAGAGUAAAUAUGAGAUUUCCCAGGUGCCAGUUUCUUUACAGUACAUCAAACCAGUUGCUGACAGGGCAAAUCCCAAAGUGGGAGUUGGGAUGUUGGCCUUCAGUGCAGAUAACUGUUUCCUGGCAACCAAAAAUGAUAACAUUCCCAACGCCGUGUGGAUCUGGGACAUCCGGAAGCUGAAGCUGUCGGUGGUGUUGGAGCAGCUGUGCACGAUCCAGGGGUUCCAGUGGGACCCCUGCCAGCCCCGCCUGGCUGUGUGCACAGGCACCAGCAGAGUGUACCUGUGGUCCCCAGCUGGCUGUGUGGUCGUGCAGGUGCCUGGGGAAGGUGACUUCCAGAUCACAUCCAUCUCCUGGCAUUCCAGUGGGGACUCCAUGCUGCUCCUGAGUAAGGACCACUUCUGUGUGUGUUACUUGGAGAGAGAAGAGGUAAAAUAAAAGAACUAAAAUGCAUUAAAAACGCUCCCAAGUCUGAGGAAGAAAGAGGAAAGGAGUCAAAACCUAUUGCCCAGUCUGAAGUGUUUGUAUUUAUAAGUUAUUUAUUUGAAGGAGCUCCAAGCUCAGUGUGUGAAAUACUAUGACUGCAUUUGAAUGAAGUGAUGUAGCAAGUGAAAUGUAAGGAAUGAGUGUCUAUUGCAAAAAAACCUGAGUAUUGAUGGAGUUGAUCAUCUCUUUUUCAACUCUGAACUCUUAUUUUCUAAGACUGUAGCUCUAUGUGUAUAUAAUGUAUAGCUAUUAUUUAAAUUUUCUAUUUCCAAUAAAUAUUUUGAUAGUUACAAACUAUAAA